UUUGGACCAGCCAAGUUACCACAGGAUUUUCUUUGAACAGCUGUUUUUUGUGCGGCUUUGUCAUAAAUACAGACACGUUGGACUGGAAAUCUUUGUUAUUCUUUUGUUCCGUUAAACAAAAUGAACGCUUGUACCGGAUUGUUUUUGAAGGAAUAACCAUGUUUGGGAGCGGACCGAAUCGUCGUCGGCCCAAUGGCUGGAUGUUUGGAGUUUACCUUCAAUGUUACUUUGUCACCAUAGCAACUAUCCUGGGAACUGGCAUAUUAGGUUUACCAGUCACAUUGACAUAUGCAGGGCUAUACCCAUUUCUGGUCUCGUUUGGUGUUGGGUUUUUUAUGCAGGGGUUAGUGGUCUACUUCAUGACUGACUUGUUACAGAGAGCCUAUGCUGUACAACUGGAGGCUGUUACGGAGUGUGGCCGGGGUGAACACUUGCCUCUCUACUCAAUAAUAGAUGAAGAAGAAUCCUUAGAGGAAGAGGAAAUUAAUGAAAAAGAAAUCCAAGACUCCGUACCUGAUUUGGCAGGACAUGUGAUUCUUCCAGCAGAGGAUGCCAUCAAACCGCCCAACCUGCACAUGCUGGGAGAAUACUUCCUCCUCUGUGGGAUACGACAGUUUUUUGAUGUCUCCAUUCUGUUGUUGUUUAUUGCAAUUCUCAUCAGCUAUGCUUUGGCUGGAAGUGAAGCUUAUGCUGAGAUUAUUGGAAUCAGUCACUUUUACGUGAUUCCUGUGUUUGUCGGUGUACUGACUGUCUCUAUUGUGUUUGCCCUGAAACUGAUCCAGCCGGUGGUGUCAGUGCUCACCUUCCUCAAAGGGACAGUACUCCUGGGAACAGUGGUUGUGACAUUUUUGUUAGGCACCAAAAUCCACAAUUCCAUUAGCAAUGAUUUCUCCGCUGUUGGAGACCCUUUUCUGAUGGGCACUGUGGCAUUGGGUGGUAUAUUCCAGACAAUGCCGAUGCUGUAUGAGAAAAUACAACCAGUUCCUAACCAGGUGAUAAACUACAGAAGAUCUGUGCUAUUGGGCAUUAUAACCUGUACAGGUUUGAAUAUUUUAUGGUGCUGGGCAGUGCUGGACAUCGUUCCUCAGACAAGUGAGUGUCCAGCAGGAGUGGACACUGGUCACUCUCUCAACACAUCCGCCAUCAAAGAAAUCUAUGCGCAAAAUGCUAUCAGCUGUCACUCAAAUAUAUCUCUACAACACUCGAAUGAAAAUGGUGAAAUUUCUACAGUGCCUUUAACAAUGAUUAUCCAUGAUCACUACCCGUCAUACAUGUGGAUAGCUGUGUUAGUGGAGGUAUUUAUUGUCAUCAGCACCACAGUGUCCUACCUGACCAUUGGAGCUGCCCUACAUCACACCAGUGGUAUACAGUGUCCUAGUGGAGACCCCUGCCUCUCAUACAUGUGGAUAGCUGUGUUAGUGGAGGUAUUUAUUGUCAUCAGCACCACAGUGUCCUACCUGACCAUUGGAGCUGCCCUACAUCACACUAAGACUCUCUCUCUCUGGUCAAGUGGUAUACAGUGUCCUAGUGGAGACCCCUGCCCCUCAUACAUGUGGAUAGCUGUAUUAGUGGAGGUAUUUAUUGUCAUCAGCACCACAGUGUCCUACCUGACCAUUGGAGCUGCCCUACAUCACACCAUCUCUGGCUGGGUGGACUCUCUGUGGAGUCAGGACAAGUUUGCGGUCUACAAGGCACGUUUCCAGGCGCGCAGUAAGAGACUCUGCGAAUGGUGCAAUACAAAAUGUGUAUGUGGCUCUUUUCUCUCACUUCUAGCCUUCAGUGUUGUGUUUUGUAUAGCUAUGGCAAAUCCUAAGGGCUUUGUUCAGAUUUUAGAGAAGUUUGCUUCCCUUAGUCUCAACAUUCAGAGUGGCUUUUUCCUCUUCCUCAUGAUGCAUAAAGCUACGAAAAGGAACUGUUUUGGGAAUCUCCAGAUCCCGUUGCCGUUGCCAGGCUGGGUCUACUACCUCCAGUAUUUACUGCCUUUGUAUUUCGGGUUCGCUGUGGGGUUUGAUGUAUAUGUAAUGAUCAGGGACAUUGUUAAUGUCACAAGAGUGUAGCACAACACAGCGGUGAUACUGAUUUUAAUCUCUUAUUUGACUGGAUCUCUGUUUAGCGCUUGCUUUCCCAGUAUUGUCACUAAAUGUCAGACUUAGUGCACAUCCUCACAAGUUCAGGGUUGAAAUGAAACCCACUCUGGAUUGGUUGAAGGAAAUGACAGCUGACAAAACUUUCCUAGAUACUAUUCAGAAACAUCAUUUUGUUUGAUGCCUGGUGAAAACGAGCUGUCAAACGCUCACUCAUAAAGUUCUAGUCAGUUUUUUAAAUGACCAAUGCAUGUUUUAUGGGAGAAUGCUGUGCGUAGGACAUUUCAUGUUUCUAAUAACACCAAUCUUAUGACUUCAGGUCCUAAUCUUCCUUUGCGAUAACAAGAUUUUGUUGUUUCUCCCACCACUUCCAAAAUCUGGGAAUUUGGUAGCAUUUAUCAGAUUUAUGAUAUUUGUUUGUUUGAAAUUGAUAAUACAUCCAGAUUUUAGGCUGAACAGUUUUUACCACGAGCAUAAUUACAGCAGUUGUGUGUUCCUCUAACAUCUUUAAGAUUCCAAGAUGCCGUAACAAAGUAUGUCAGAGAAGAUAUUAAUUUUCUGGUAUUGGACGCUCACUACCAGUACAUGUCAAAGGUUAAAUAUUGUGUCAUUGGUUUCACUUUCAUUUUCUUGCUAGGACCUGUAAUAACAUUACACUAUUGUCUGAAUUUACAUGUUAAUGAAAUAUUAACUGUUUUGCUCAGAAAGACACUUUUAUGAAACUUGAUAUAUUUUUACACCUGUAGUAGCUUAUAUAAGGUAUUGUGUGUAUACAAAACCAAGUAUUGGGGAAAGUAUUCAAUAUACAGUGUAUACUUUUUAUUAGUAUUUUUUGUUAAACUUUACAUUUGCCAUACUUGUGUGAGGAAGUUAGGGGAUUUUGAAUUGAGGGGAUUACAAUCAUGGUCAUGUGGUUCAUAUAUUUUGGUGGUUCGAAUAUGUUGGUGGUUCAUAUGGUUGCAUUAUAAAUAAGGUUGCCAAAAUGAAAUUUGAGGUUCAUUUCCACCAUUCCAUCCCAUUCCAUCUUAAUAAUUAAAGAUUUAAGGAUGUACUGUAUUAUUAUCCAGUCACUUGGAAAGCUUCACAUCACCAAGUUAAACCUGCUAAUUACUUGAUGUUUGACCAGCCAGUGGAGGUUUUUUGCUGUAAACUGCCUUGGACCAGGAAAGAUCUUGAAGGUGAGCGCAUCCUCACAAACAGUGGGCGCAACCUCACAAUCAGUGGGCGCAUCCUCACAAACAGUGGGCGCAACCUCACAAUCAGUGGGCGCUUCCUCACAAUCAGUGGGAGCAUCCUCACAAUCAGUGAUCGAAUCGGUGGAUGUGUAAUUUUAGCAUUAUGGUCAGCCGAAAGAACACUGAAAACUGUCUGAAAAUACCAUUACUUCGUCUUUUUUUUUUAAAUGAUGGCUUCCACCAUACCCUUUACAGCGUAUAUUCAACUCUCUAGUCUCAAGACAGGCUUAGACUUGUGAUGCACGAAGGCUUGUUUAGGCUUAGCCUCACCACUGGUGUCCCCGUGCGGAACUAUGUAACGAGCAUUCAUCUAUAAAAUUGUUUCAGGUUUUGGUUAGAAUCGUGUUGUGAAUACUCUAGAUAAAGGGGAUGCAUGUAUAUAAAGUAUUGUGAGAGAGUAUUUUCUUAUGUCACUUCCUGCCUCAUCGCUGUGACACCAGUGAACUUGGCAUUCAAGAUUUCUUUACAGUAUUUGCUAGUGGUGGCAGUAAAGCAAAGCGAAUAUAGAGGGCGCUGCGUGGGAUGUAAAGGUUAAGGGUUUUCACUGAACUAAUUGCUGCCAGUUGUAUGGUGGGCUUGAUGGACGAUAUUGACAUGUAUAUCGCCUAAGUAACGUCAUUGGUCAGGUGACAUAUAUAACUAAUAAACUGCACACUGUCGUGGCCCACCUUACAAUCCAAACAUUUCAUUCCAUUUAAUGGUGUUGAAGAGAAUCUGAAAAUAGGUUAUUGUGUUUUUAGAGAUCAUGUUAAGUAUCGUCUGUACAUCAUCCUUUCCUGUUGCAUAAUGAAGUAUUAUUUGAAAUCUUUACUGAAGUUCUUAUUUCAUUGCUAGUCUAGCAGAUGUUCAGUAUGAUAUUAUGGGGACCAUAUAUAAUAUACAACGUGAAAUUUACCUUUUGCUGAGAAGUGCAGUCAUGUUAUUUCUUGUCAGGUGAUAUAUAUUUUAAGGUUUUAACUUCUAUGUCCAUAUGAGUUUUCCACUCAAGUUGGAUUAUUUCAUUCUACUGAAAUGAAUUCAUUGUUUGUUUUUCUUUUACUCUUGUGUACAGUAUAUUUUUUGCAUGCAUGUGGUUGUGCAGAACAUCUGUAUAUGCACCAUUUUGUCUUUGACCGUGUCUUCCUGUAGUAUACAGGUAAGGAUGUUGAAGACAUCGCCAAAAUGGAUGUUCGAGUGUCCAAUCCUAUCCUGUCAUUGGAUUUGUUUCAAACU